AUGUUAGAAUCAAUUUUAUUUGCUAUUUUUAUUUGGUCAUUAAUAAUUUUAAAAAUUAUUUUCCGUUCCACCCCACAAGAAACUCAAACCAAUAACUUCACCCAAACCAAUAACCACACCCACAUCAAUAACAACAACCAUAUCAAUAGCGACACCCACAACAACAACCACAAAAUUAACGAAACCACAAAUUCAACCCCAAUCGAUCAAUCCCCAAAAGAAAAAAACAAGUAUGAUAGUACCUCAACAUUCCAUUAUUCCGCAUAUAAAAACAUAUAUUGUUGUUCUGAAUAUUAUAAUAGUCAAGAAAAUUCUGGUCGUUCCUCAGUAACCCAAGAAAUUUUAAGACAUGCCCCAAAGGAACCAUCACAACCAGAAAAUAUAUUUCCAUAUUCACCAUUCGACCACACCGGAGAAAGAAUGGAAAAAGAAAAGAUAGAAAAGGAAAAAUUAAGAAAAGAAAAUUUGGAAAUAUUAAAAAGAGAACAACAAAAAGAAAUGGAAUACAUGAAACAAUUAAAAAGAGAAACCCAGGAAAGAGAACGUAUUGAAAAAUUAGAAAAAGAUAGAAAAGAAAGAGAAUAUAGAGAAUCUUUGGAAAGACAAAGAUUAAAAAAAGAAAGAUUAGAAAAAGAAAUUAAAGAAGCUAAGGAAAAACAAAGAGUAGAAAGAGAAAAAAAAGAAAAAGAAAAAAAAGAAAGAGAACAAAAAAAAAGAGAAGAAAAAGAAAGAAAACAAAAAGAAAGAGAAGAAAAUGAAAGAAAACAAAAAGAAAGAGAAGAAUUAGAGCGUAUCCAAUCAGUAUAUAAAGAAACAUUAGAAAGAGUAAUGGAAAGGGUACGUUUAGAAAAUUUAGAAAGACAAGAAAGAGAAGAAAGAGAAGAAAGAGAAAAAGAACAACAGCAAAGAGAACAACAUGAGAGAGAAGAAAGAGAAAAACAAGAAAGGGAGCAACAACAAAGAGAACAACAGGAAAGAGAAGUAGCAGAACGUAGAGAAAACGAACAUCAAUGCACUAUUUGCAUGGAUAAAAUUGAACCAAGCAAACUCGCAACAAUUGAUUGUAACCACAAUUAUUGUUACGAUUGCAUUAUGGAAUGGUCUUAUCGUCGUGAUAACACCUGCCCAAAUUGUAGAGCUCCAUUCUUUUUAGUAAGAUUUAAUUAUAAUUCUCUCUCUCGGUAUUAUCAGGUUCUUUCUCUCCAGUGUAACAAUGUUCUUUGUUUAAUGUCAGUAAUAGGGCAUUCAGUUUAUAAUUCUUUCUCUUAUAGUUUAUUUAUAAUUCUUUCUUUCUCGGCAUUAUCAGGUUUUUUCUCUUCAGUACAACCAUGUUCUAUCUUUAAUGUCAAUAAUAAGGCAUAUAUAUAA